UUCAUUCAGUUGCGGAGUUCGAGCGAGAGAGUCGUAUUUCAUCGGAAAAUUGAAUAUUGAAAUUCUACCUAAAGCAGGAGCAUAAAACAGAAAAUUAUUUUUCCAAUGGGAUUUAAUUUAUUUUGGUUUUCUGUUCAUUAAAAAGUCAAUGCAAAUCAAUUUGAAAAACAAAACCUCGACAAGUUCUUUCCCUUAAAUAAUCAAGAAAUCAAUAAAAAACAUGAAAACAAGUCAAUAACUUGAGAAUACGGAGUUUUGUCUGCCCUCAAAGAAAGAACCAAAAAAAGAAAUUCCAACUUUAACACACAAAUCUUGGAUCUUGUAUAUCAAAAAGGUUUUCUAUCCCAGAAAGAAGUGAAUUGUAAAAAAUAAGUGAGCUUGAGAUUCAAACCAAUAAAAGAAAAAGAAAAAAAAAAGUUGAAGGAAGGAAGCCAAGAAAAUUCUUUCGCUUUCAAGAAAAAGUGCUUUGUGUUAUUUUGUUUCCCCAUUUUCUUCUCAUGUUCACAUUCGAAUCCACGAACGUUCUUUUUACCAACCCCCUGCCAAGCCAAUUGGAAUAAAAGUAUUCCCAAAUUUACAUUUAAUAAAUUUUUGUGAGAUUUGUCGCCUCCACAGUGUGAAUAUUGAGAAUUGUUUUAUUGAAAUUAAUGUGCAACUUAAAAAGCUAAAAAAAUUAAUAAACGAUUUUUCUUUGUUCUUUUAAACAAAACGAAAAAAAAUAAAAAUAUAAAAUUUUGUUUGUUUUACAUGGAAGUGCGUGGGCGUUGGUCAUCUCUUUUACCCCCAUCAGUGCAAUAGGUCAAACUAUAGAGUUGCUCGUUUCCCUCUUAAUAAUCGAAGCCGCGAAGCGAAUUCAUUGAAUUCUGUUUUCUUUUUGUCUUCUGUUUGUUUGAUUCUUGUUUUUUACUUUUGUGUAUUUUAAAUUUAAUUUCGUGUUUUGAUGUUUGUUUUUUCGUUGUGAAAUCUGAUUCUGAAUAAAUCGAUUGCAUUUAUCAAUUAAAACUUGUGUAGAUCAAGUGCAACUACCCAAAGCUGGAUUAUUUCAAAUCGGAAGACAUUGGAUCUCUGCAGGAAAACAAUUCCGGAGUGACCAACAAAAUGGUCAAACGGUACGUAAAAAUACCAGGACAGUUAUUGGGUACUGACGGAACAGAAUCACCCAUUCUAGCUGAACCAGAUGCAGAUGGACAUGACAAACCCCGAGUCGUAUACGGCGAGCUAGUUAUAUUAGGAUACAAUGGAUACCUACCACAAGGUGAUCGAGGACGAAGACGCUCAAAGUUCAUAUUAUACAAACGCACAGAAGCCAAUGGUGUUAAACGAUCCAAACACUAUAUAGUCCAAUCGCCACAAACGUCAAAAGCCAUCCUGGAUGCAAAUCAACAUUCAAUAUCAUAUACGUUAUCACGAAAUCAGGCUGUAAUUGUAGAAUAUAAAGAAGACUCCGAAACGGAUAUGUUUCAGGUUGGUCGUUCAUCAGAAUCCCCUAUCGACUUCGUCGUUAUGGAUACCCUGCCCGGUGAUAAGAAAGAUGCUAAAGUGAUGCAAAGUACAAUUUCACGCUUUGCAUGCAGAAUUCUUGUCAACAGAUGUGAAGCAUCAAAAGCCCGAAUAUUUGCAGCCGGCUUUGACUCAAGUAGAAAUAUAUUUUUGGGUGAAAAAGCAACCAAAUGGCAGGACAACGUUGAAAUUGAUGGCCUCACAACAAACGGUGUCCUCAUAAUGCAUCCGAAAGGUCAGUUUUGUGGUGGCAAUGGUAAAUGCGGACUAUGGCGAGAAUGUUCUGUUGGCGGUGAUGUGUUUAGCCUAAGAGAAUCUAGGUCUGCCCAACAAAAAGGACAACCGAUCUACGAGGAAUCAAAUGUCCUGCAAGAUGGCACACUUAUCGAUUUAUGUGGUGCUACACUUCUUUGGAGGUCAGCCGAUGGUCUACAGCAUUCACCGACAAAACGAGAUCUAGAGAAGCUAAUCGAUGAAAUCAAUGCCGGACGGCCACAGUGUCCAGUUGGUUUAAACACUUUAGUUAUUCCUAGGAAAGUAAAUUUAGGAGAACAGUGUAACCAGCCUUAUGUUUAUUUAAAUUGUGGUCAUGUUCAAGGACAACAUGAAUGGGGACAAGAUAAAUCAACUGGAGCAAGAAGAUGUCCCAUGUGCUUAGAACUAGGACCUGUAGUCACGUUAUGUAUGGGUUUGGAACCUGCAUUUUAUGUAGAUUCUGGACCACCAACAUAUGCGUUUAAUCCAUGUGGUCACAUGGCUACAGAAAAAACAGUCAAAUACUGGGCAAACGUAGAUAUACCACAUGGAACAAAUGGCUUUCAAGCAGUAUGCCCAUUCUGCGCGACACCCCUCGAUGGUUCACCUGGUUACAUUAAAUUAAUUUUCCAGGAUAACUUAGACUAAAUUAAAAUAAAUUACCUAUUAAAAUAUAUAUGCAUCUAAAAAUAAAUUAAAAAAAAAAAACUAAACUGAUUUAACUUUUAAAAAUUAUUAAUUUAAAGUUUUUUUUCGUGAAAAAAGAAACAAUUAUGUUCUACAAAAAGAAAAACAAUUCAAAAAGAAAAACAUUUAAUCAAAGUUUGCUUUUCAUUGUUUUAUCAUUGCGACAUCAAAACUAAAAAAUCAAUAGUAACAUUUUUUCGAAAAUAUAAAAUAGAAUUUACCUCGAACCAUCUGCAAAUUCAUACGAAACACCACUAGCUUUAAGUUUUCUUCUGAUUUCGUAGUCAAUCAGUUAGUAAAACGACAUUUUUAAGAGGAAAUAAAAAUAAAACAAAAUAGAAAACAAAAUAAAAAACAAAAAUCAAUAAAUCAAUGGACAGAAAAUAUAUUAUUUUUUAUACAACAAAGCUUAAAGCAAAGCUUCAAUAAACAAAAUCAACUUCAUUUUUAUUUUUGUUUUUCAUUGAUUAGUUUUAUUCCUUUUAAUACAUUUCUUUUAUCAAAGCAUAAUUUAAUUUAAAUUUAAAACACAAAAUUUAUUGAUUACCCUUUGUUGCCUUUUUGCAUUUUGUGCUUAUAUCGAAGAUAUUUUAAUUUUAUAUUUUGUUGUUAUUCAUCUCUUCUUAUUCAUUUAUCAUUUGUAUCUAAAAAUUGUAGUUAUUACAAAUUCUAUUUAACGAUUAAGGAUAAAUAUUGUUUAAUUUAAUUUUUGAUGAAAAAGCAAAAGGUAUUAUAAUUAAAUUUCAUUCGAUACAAUAUGAAAAUAAUGAAAAGAAAAGAAAACGUUAAAUACGUCAUAAAAAAUUAAUAAAUAAAAACAAACAACAGGAAAUAGAAAAAGUAAAAGAAGAAACGGAAACGGAAAUACCGGGCGAAAAUAAUAAUAAUAAUUAAUUUGUAAUAGAAAUACAAACAAAUAAAAAAUCGUUAUAGUUAUUAUUCUAUUAAUUAUAUUAUUCGUACCUAUUAAUUAUUAUUUAGCAGCUGUGCGUUUGGCUAUAGAAAAAAUGUUUAGGAAAUAAGCCAUAAAUAUAAAAUUAAGUUAAUUCAACAAAAACAAAAAACAAAAACAAUUGAACCCAUAUAACUGAUAAUGAAUUGUAGAUUAAAUAAUAUAAAUAAAAAUAAUUGUAAUUGAUAAACAAAAUAAUAAACAAAAAUAAAACAAAACAAAUUAUGUAAUAAGGAGUGGAUUUAUAUAAGAAAACAAAAACAAAACAUAUAUGAAUAUCGUGCAUGUUUAAAAACACGGUGUAACUUUUCAUUUCAAGAAUUGACAACUUUAGUAAAGAAAAGAAGAAGAAUGAUAAAUAAAAGAUUAAUUACAAAAAUAUAUUAUUUGUGUUGAUUUCUUAUACAUAUAUAUAUAUAUAAAAAUCUAUCUUCGGAAAUUUAUAUAAAUGUAUACAAAAACAAAAAGAGAAAAGCAAAAAUACAUAAGUAAACACACGUGAAUUAAUGUUUUAUGAAAUUAUUUGAAUGUAACCAAAAAAUACAACAACAAAACAAAAAUCAUUUAAACGCAUUUAAUAUAUAAGAUAAAAUCAA